ACGAAUGCAGUCUAUACUAGCCGCAGGAACUCUAAACAAUCGAAAACCCCGACACGAAAAAAUAGCAGAAGAACGCCUGCUGCAAAACCGCUAGUUCUGCAGUACCAUAACGAAUAUCAGUUCAAUUUUUACGGUGGUACCUUCUAUUCGCGCCCGGUUACGGUUCCAGCUCGAACUGUGCUUAAAAGUCGUUUUUUUUUAAUUCGAGAUUUUGUGCGAGCUUUCACCAAUAUGGAAUCCCACGAAAGAAGUAAAAUAGCUGCAUGGUACGAUAACCGGAGCGUCUUCAUUACUGGAGGCAGCGGUUUCAUGGGAAAAGUCAUGGUAGAAAAACUCCUUUAUACCUGUGAUGGAAUCAAAAAUAUUUACAUUUUAUUAAGAGGAAAGAGAGGAAGGACUCCGCAUCAGAGGGUUGAGGACAUGUGGAAACUUCCAGUAUUUGAUCGCCUUAGACAAAAAGACCCAUCGGCCAUACAAAAAAUCAUUCCGUUACCUGGAGACCUUUACACCGAAGGACUUGGCCUAAGCAGUUCAGAUCUGAAGCAACUAAUUGAAAAUGUCUCGGUGAUAUUCCACAUGGCAGCCACACUGAAACUGGAAGCCACUCUAAAAGAUGCUGUUGAGCAAAACACUUCUGGUACUGUUUACGUUCUUGACAUCGCCAAGCAGAUGAAGAAACUGGAUGCCUUUUGUCAUUUUAGUACCGCCUAUUGUUCAGCUGAUAUUGAAGUUUUUGAAGAAAGGGUGUACGAGUUCAAAGACAACCCCAGGGAGGUGAUUGAUAUCGUCAGAUGGAUGAAACCUGAUGCCCUAGAGGUGGCAACGAAGAAAAUUAUAGAGCCACACCCGAACACUUAUACUUAUAGCAAAAGGUUGGCCGAAUCACUUGUGGCCAAUGAGAAAGAUCAUAUUCCAGUUUGUAUUAUAAGACCUGCAGUAGUAUGUCCAGCUGCUCUGGAACCAGUACCAGGAUGGGUGGACAGCCUAAAUGGCCCCAUGGGGCUUUUGGUCGCUGCUGGUAAGGGAGUGCUACGGUCCAUGCAUUGCAUCGGAUCUAAUAAAGCUCAAGUUAUCCCAGUUGAUUUCGCUAUUAAUGCUAGUAUCGUUAUCGCAUACAAGCUUGGAAGCGAAAAACGGUCAGAAGAAGUACCAGUGUACAACCUAACCCAAGACGGUGUCAUAAGGAUAACUAUGGGCGAAAUAAUCGAUAAGGGGCGUGACAUAGUGUACGCCAACCCAUUCGAAAUGCAAGUUUGGUAUCCGGAUGGUGACAUCAGGGCCUCCAAGAUAAUGCACACGAUUUGCUGUAUUUUCAUGCAUUGGUUACCGGCAUUGCUGAUUGAUUUUAUAAUGUUACUCAUUAGGCAAAAGAGAUUCAUGAUCAGAAUCCAAAAAAAGAUCCACCAAGGCCUCGAGCUACUGCAGUUUUUCACAGUCCGAGAGUGGAACUUUGCCAGCCAAAGAUUUCUCGCCUUAUGGGAUGAGAUGGACGAAAGGGAUAGAAAAGCGUUUCCAAUGGAUUUCCACGCUCUCCCAAUUGAAAGCUAUUUGGAAAUAUCAGUGCUUGGUGCUAGGCAAUACUGUAUGAAAGAGCCGCUAUCUUCUUUGCCUAGAUGUAGAAUACAACAGAAAGUGUUGUACGUGGUACACAAGCUUUUUGUGUUUUUCCUCUACUACUAUCUUUUCUACUUCUUAAGCUUAUGGAUUCCACCAGUUAAGAUCUUAUACGAUCUUCUUUGGAAAACCAUUGACCGGAUACCAUAUUUUGGACAAUUGCCUGUAUCUUAACUGUUUUUCUAUAUUUCAUUUAAAUGUAUUAUUGUAUAUAUAUUUGUCGGGAGAUGGUUCAUUUUUGAAGGUUGUUUUGUUAUUUUUCUAUAUUUGUACCCAUAUAUAGGGGCUUCUUAUAGAUUACUACCCUUUGUGUUCUCAUAGCGACAUGUUAACCAAAUACUUUUUAUUAUAAUAAUAAAUUAGAAAAUAUGUA